AUGGCAAAACCUAUACCAAAAGUUGGUUCACGUAGGAAUGGGCGCAGUAGUGCACGGAAAAGUGCACGUAGAAUACCAAAAGGAGUUAUUCAUGUUCAAGCAAGUUUCAACAAUACCAUUGUUACUGUUACAGAUGUACGGGGUCGGGUAAUCUCUUGGUCCUCCGCCGGCACUUGUGGAUUCAAGGGUACAAGAAGGGGGACCCCUUUUGCUGCUCAAACCGCAGCGGGAAAUGCUAUUCGAGCAGUAGUAGACCAAGGUAUGCAACGAGCGGAAGUUAUGAUAAAGGGUCCUGGUCUCGGAAGAGAUGCAGCAUUACGAGCUAUUCGUAGAAGUGGUAUACUAUUAAGUUUCGUACGGGAUGUAACCCCUAUGCCACAUAAUGGCUGUAGACCUCCUAAAAAAAGACGUGUAGAAAUAAACACUAAAGAGAUUUCAAGAGAAAUAAAUGAUUCAAUGAUCUGAUCAAAUAAAAUAAUAUUACUAUGGUUCGAGAGAAAGUAAAAGUCUCUACUUCGACUCGGACACGACAGUGGAAGUGUGUUGAAUCAAGAACAGAUAGUAAGCGCCUUUAUUAUGGACGCUUUAUUCUGUCUCCACUUAUGAAAGGCCAAGCCGACACAAUAGG